AUGCGGCGCACGGCGCUUCGACGUGUGGCGCCGUGGGUGCCGCCGCCCCGUCACGACGUGAAGGUGACGAUGCCACCACCGCCCGGCGGCGAGGUUGGUGGCUCCUUUGGCGUUUCGCUGGGGUACAGCGACCGCAUCGCCUGCACACCCUACUGGAAGCGCAUGGCUCUUUCGAACUACGCACUACGCAUGGCGGAGAAUGCGACGCGGUAUCCGAUGAGUGAGCAUCGCCCUGGCGAGUACGACAUCCGUUACCUCCCCAGGCCGUACCCGUGCACGGUUCGCAACCGGCCGCUACUAGAGGUGGGGGAGCCGCGACAGAUUCCAAGCAUUCAAAUUCCUGUCAUUUUUCUUGUGAACCUCUACAAUGAACGCAAGGAGUGCUGGUUUGGGCGCAAGUACGAGACGGUCUAUGUGAGUCGGCAGUUUAUGCGGGAGGAGCUGAUGCCGCAGCGGUACGCCAUUUACGCCACGCCCGAGGCGUACGCACUGCUUGGGCUGCCGGUCGUGGACCACGGGAUUCACAAGGAGAUCCCCAAGACGCCGCGCGAGUAUGAAAAGUUACUGGAGCGGCAAAAGUACGACGAGGAGAGGUGGAAGUACUCGAUUGAGUACCUCUUCCGCAAGUACGAGGCGGGGCCGCCCGAACUGUUAGACCGCGCCGAAGACGGUUGGGACGGCACAGAGGUGGUGGCCGUCUCUGCCGCAGCCGGGGCCGCGCGUCAGGGGGGGGAGGCGGCGCAGCGCAAAGGCGCCAUCAAGCAGCGCAAGGCACGGAAGAUCAAGUUGUUUUAG